UUUGUUCUUGCAGGGCCUGUGACAUUGCUGUCAUGUGGAACAUUACUGUAGGUGCUUGUGAUCCCUCAGAGGACAAUGGUCCCCUCUGCUGUGUAUCCUGGAGCAAUCCUUCCCAACAUACAUCCACCUCAGGGUAGUGCCUUAAUGCUGAUGAGUAGCCAAUUGCACUCAACUGCCUCCACCUGCCUUCUGCUGCUGGCUUUAUCUACAGCUGCCUCUGGUUCCCAUCUGUGCCUGUGGGCUCCCUCCUCCUGGUGCAGACCGUGGCUUCUUUCUGCUCCCCAGCUCUUCCUCGGAGCAACUGCCAUAAGGACAGACCCCUCCAGCCUGGUGCUGGCCCUGUUGGAGCCAGGGAGAGCUCAGACCGGAGGAGCAGCACACAUGCCUUGCCGCACAGACCGACAGUACCACCGAAGUCCACUAGAUGGCACCCUUUGGCUACAGUCAACGCUCAGCAUGCAAACCUAUCCGGGGGUAGAAGCGCUGCUUACUGCGAGGUGUUUGCAACAUGACCUAAGGACAUGGAACUGUUGGAAUAAGUCCAGAGAGGCCAUAAGGAUGAUCAGAGGCUGGACACCGUUCCUGCUCCGAGCCGCAGCUCAGCACCACGGGCACCGCGUGUACCCCUUCCACAGCGGGGUCAGGGACCGCCGAGGGGCUCGGAAGGAGGCCGGAACUAUCGGAGGACACCCCGGCUCACAACGGGAGUGUCGGACCGGUGUUCGCGUCACACCCGGAAGCACCGCCUCACGUCACACCGACGCUUCCAGCCCACUUCCGCCGCCAUCUCCUCCGGCCGGUGAGUGUGCGCCGGGGGCCGGAGGUGCUGUGGUGAAGGGGGGAUAA